GGAAUAGCCUUUCCACCUUGAGCGAAAAACAUAAUGUUACCUUAAUCUGGGUCCCAGGACAUCGGAAUAUUGAAGGUAACGAAAAAGCAGAUGAACUGGCAAGAGGGGGAUCUGCCAUGAAUAACGCUCUUGCAGAACCGGUAUUCACACCAUUAGGCGCAGUCAAGAGUACAAUUUCCCUAAAAUACCUCCGAAUGGCGGAGUGUAGAUGGAGGGGCCAGACGAAAUGCAAAAUCAGCAGAACGUUAUGGCCCACCUACAACCUUAAACAAUCAUCAAUAUUGUUAAACAUGAAACGACGGGAUGCCGGGAGACUAACGGCAGUCGUAACUGGCUUUUGGUCUGUCGGAGAACAGGCAGCCAAAAUGGGCAUCCCUCACAACACAUACUGUCACAGUUGCAAACAACCGGAGAAAAAGGAAACAAUCUUCCAUUUCCUCUGUGAAUGCCCUGCCCUAUGGAAGGACAGAAUGUUAACCCUGGGCAAACCGCUGUUCGAGGAGCUCGAACAACUGUCUGGCUUAGAUGUCAACAACCUAAUAAGGUUCCUGAACCGCACAGACUGGGUAUAGUCAUGCCGUAAAUAACAAGUUGGUAAAGAGGAUGUGGCAACAAAAUGGUGCGGAAGCGCUAGUUGGAUUCAGGAUGAAUCACCACUCUAACCAACCAACCAACCGGCAUAGCAUAGUAAAGCAAAACGCAAGGAAUUCAUUAGGGCCAUACUGCUUAAGUAAUAUAAUAGAUUCAAAUUGGUUAAACUUCCCAACUUCGUGAUCAGUUUUCAAUUUAAAAAUUAAUUCACAAAAUAUCAGUCUGGGUUUAACUUAAUAACAUUUUUUUUUAAUAUCAUUCCUGGCAAUUUCUGUUUGUACCAGUUAUAAUUUAAGUAAAAAGAAAACGUUUUUUGCUACCAUUUUUACCAAAAAGGUAUUUAAUUUUUCCACUUUCUACGCCCUUCUUAAAUGCGACCUUUUGUAAGGGAGUGUCAAAAUUCUAAUGUCACAAGUGAGCAAACCUUUAAUAAUUGAAUCAUGGUAUGUAUGCAUGUAAUAUUCUGCGAUAUUUGGAAGCUUUUGAUUUUUUCAUUGACAAUUUAAAAAUACUGAUUAUUUUAGGUCCCUUGCAUAAGUGCAGCUGAUUUUCCUUAUUUUGUUGCGCGAGAUGUGCACUGAUCCGGCUAGUCUGCAUAUGCAGAAAUGUAUAUGGAGGCUUUUUUUUGAUCAGACUCUAAUAAAACCGUUAUUGUGCAUAUUAGCGUAUUUUUAUGUCUAAUUAGAGUGCACAUCAUACGCGGCUUUCCAGCACAAAUUGACAAUAAAAACUUGUGCAGACGUGUUUGUAUACGCCAGAAAAGGGGGAAAAGCAAUACAAUAAAUUAAAAGAAAAAAGAAAAACAAUUUAAGUACAAGUAGCUCGUAGAUGCUGUGUAGUUAGUCGCCCCCUACUCCGUCUACUGAUCAGCUGAACAAUCGCCAAAGUGAAGCAUGCAAUGUUGGCGUUGUCAAAACAAAAAAAACGAAAAAAAAAAUACUAUCACGAAGUGAGCUAAAGCUUGUUUCAUGAAAAAUAAUAGAAACCUACAGACACAAAAUACAGCAUGAAUAAAAGGUGAACAACAACAACGAAGAGAAAAAAUCGUAAUUCGAAUUGCUCCCGCAAGACGACGAAGACUAGUACGCCCCCACAAAAGUUAGCAUCGGCUGAGGCAUCAACACACAAUUGCAGCUAAACAAAUCUAAAAAAGUACAUAUAAAUACUAAAUAUCCGCCGUUUCAACGUCAUCAUUAGGUUCGCGCCACGAAAAUGGUCAAAAUAGUCUGAGCCAGCGUUGCUGCGGACUCAGACGGCGAACGCGGUUGACGACUAACGGUGGUGGAUAGAUAAUAACAAUAACAACAAUAUAACAACUAACAACUGAUCACGACGGCAAGCUGGUGAAUCGCAAAGCAUCCAACAAUAAAAACAAGAGUAACUACAACAAUUUUGUUUAGCAGCAGCCACAGCAAUUCCUCGCUCUGAGCCACAUUUAGCUUUGAAGUUCGAGUAAUGUUUCUGUUUGUUUUGUGAGUUUUCGCCGACGGAUUUUGGUUCUCUGCUCGCAAACACGUUUCAUUGUUAGCUACGAAAUGCGAAAUAAUUAUUGCCAAGUUGCUGCGACGAGGCCUGGCUCAGUUGCUUGAGCGCAGCGUACGUGUUAAGACUUGAACGGCAUUUGAACGAGUAAAAAUCGCACGCUUGAAUUGGCUUAAUUUUGAGGCGAGACGAAGGAGCGUAGCGCACGACUGAACCGAGCUGAACCUGCAUGAGAAGUGCAGUAGUGGAAAAGUGCAACGAAUCGGUGACAAAGAAAGAAAAGUCUAUUAAAAAAAAACGAACAAAAAAUAAAACAAAAGCGAACAUCACCGUCACAAGAGUUGAGUCGUGUAUCAGACAGCAUUCAGACGCGCGGUGGCAGUGCAGCUAAAAUUACUACAAAUUACUUACUAUAUAUCGUCGUGGAUGGUGUACUAAUAAUUGAUCUUGUGUGCCCAUUUGUAAAGCCUGCGCACUUUGUCAUUAACCACUUAAGUUAACCGCUCCGCUUACUAGUUCUCAAUCGGCUAGUUGGUCGCUGUGGUGCAUAGGAAAUGUCGUUCUUUCGAAACUUCCGUGCGAAAACGCGUAGUAAGAGUUCAUCUCGUGAUGCCACACCCGUGAAUAUGCACUCACGUCCUGACAGCGUGAACAGCAAUGUAACAACGCACACAAUUGGCACAACGUCAACGCGUCGCGAAUCGAUCGACUCACGUGCAGAUUCUCUGCUCAAUCGCAGCGAUACCUUCAUACUCAACUCCGAUCAGGAGGACAAGGAGAGCAAACAGACUUCUUCGAAUAACUCAACGUUAGAGAAGAAAACAAAAAAGUCUAAAGUGCUAAGCAAAUUUGCUACGUUCACCAAGCGCAAAAAGACGCCGACACCGGAGAAAGCUGACUCCUUGGAACAUCAUCCGAGUGAUAGUGCAACUAAUACAUAUUACAAAUGGAAAGCCGAUGGUCCGACUUCGGCGCAUGCUUUGGAUUAUGAUUCACACGCUGACCCAUUUAACUUUCUCUACGAGCAGCAUUCCACCUUGAAGGAGAUGCACCAGGGUAGCAGUAGCGGUUCCAUGCAUUCCUCACACAGUUCCAACUCAAGCGCGCACAACCAGCCCUUCGAUUCAUCCACCUAUCGCAAGGGGAAAAUACCCACACAGCUGAAAGAACAACUUUCACAGCUGAAAACACAGACUAAGCCAGAUCUGCAUGAGGCUGAGGAGUUGGCUGUCGAACAGGAGUCUGCCGCAGACAAAUAUAAGACAGUUACGCUAAAUAGUUUUCGCAAAUCAUUUCGUGAGAAAUUCCUACAAAACCAACAUAAUCCAGCGCAUAAUCCUGCCUGGUUUGUGGAGGUCGAGCCGCCGAAGAUAGAAACGCGCGGACGUUGUGAAUCCAAAGAGAAUCGACCCGACUUUCUAGUAUUCGAAAAUGAAAAUUACCGCCCAAAUUCACGUUCGCCCGUACGUGACAGCAAGGACCGUACGUCACGCACUAUUAGCCGAUCGCCGGUGAAACGUAACGAAACAUUUCGCAUGGAACGUCCCACAUUCGAAGCGUCCAAAAAUAGUUCAGCGCGCCAUAAGGACACACAGCUGCCUGAAGUGCCAUCGAUACGGAUUGAAAUCAAGAAUUCGAUAACGCCAAAUAUGCCAACGCGUAUGGUGCCAGUGGGUGUGGCCAAGCCCAUGCCCUCGCAGUACAGCAUGAAGGAUAGCUAUCCAAGUCCAACAGCGCGCAACGGAGGCACUACCAUACCAAACGCAACACAACAGAGUAAAUCCGCUAAAUUAAGUAGCCGCGAUAAGUCACCGCUACACAAUUGGGGUAAGCCGAUUACCGUCAUGCCCGUGCGCUAUCCAACCGCUGUGAAGAGCGGCGCACCAUCAACCGGCGGACGCUACCAAACGCUGGUACAAAUACGCAAUGAGGCCAAUACAAAACAAACGCCGCCCACACAAACGCAGCGCUCGCCGCAGAGUCGCAGUCGUAUUUCCACACGCAUACAACUGGGUGGAGUUGGCGGUUCGCCCACUUUGCAGAAGCGCCUCAGCACACCCGGUACACGCCAUUCACUUGCCACGCCUCUACAAAUGAACGCACUUAGCAGCUAUGAGCUGUUGAAAAACACACCGACAAUGACGACCAAGUCCGCAAUGGAUCAACAGUCGGCGCUGCAGAAGCUCCAACAACCAAAGCACACUUACUUUGGUGACGCGGCGCUACAUCCUGUCAAUGGCAACACUAAUAAAACCAUUUCAACGACAACAUUUUGCAUGGGUCGUACGCCGGUUCAUUCAACUACCGGCACCAGCAGCUAUCCAACAGCGGCGAGUCGGCUGCAACAACCACAGGUGCUGCGCAUAGCUGGUGGCAGCAUGAACUAUCAAAAUCGUGCGCAACAGCAACAGCAGCGGCAGCAACAACAACCACAGCAGCGAGUGCUGGUGCCAACACAAAGGCGUUCACGUUCACCGGUCAAAAUGCCAUGGCGCUGAGUGGCUGUAUCGGGGCGAAUAAUUAGCAUAUUUUUUUUUUUUUUUGUUUUUGGUAUUUUGUAUGCGAUAUACAUACACAUUUCAAAGCUGUGUGUGAGCAUGCGCGUGUGCGAAAUCUGGCUGGUGGACGAGGCAACGCAAGCGGGAGUCAAUGCGUUCUACAAUUUUUUCUAAUCGAAAUUUGCUUCUUAAUUAACCAUGGCGGGUUGCGGCAACUCCCACGCCGCUUUUCACAACAAAAUCUACUAGGCGCUUACAAAGAUCUAAUGAAACCAAAAUAUAAGUGACACCCAUUCAGACUGAUCAACUGCACCCUGUUAAAACUAAACCCGAAGAAAAAUUUAAAAAUUGACUGAGGUUCAGCUACAUAGUAUUUCUAAUGCGAAAUAAUCGACUGUGGUGAAUAGAAAAAUCAAAGGAGACCAACGCAAAUAAGCGUAAAACUAAAAUAAUGUAAAGAAUAACUCGAGGCAAAAAAUUGUAUUUAAAAUAACUCAUUUAACGUAAAUAACACCUAUUUAACGAAAUUCAUAUUUAUACACAUACCCAUACACUCAUACAAACCUACACACACACAUAUACGACUUGGUUGUGUAAACGAAUAAAAAUUGCUCAACAAUUUAAUAAUAAUGAGUAUCAUGGAAAUUUAAUUGCUAUACUCGUAAAUUGUUGUUUUCUUCUCCACCUUGCGGAUCAUGAAAAUGGUAAUUAAAUCGAUUAUGCCCAAAAAAGCGACCUUUGCCUAAUGAGAUGAGAUCAGCCCUUGAAAAAGUGUAGCUGAUGAAAGUCAGUCUGGAGUCAAAAGCG